CUGCAUUCUAGCCGAGGCCCCGCCCCCUGCAGUAGAGCUGUGGCGUCACGUCCGGCUUCUCUUUCCUCUGAUUCCCUGCCGCGAGCUGUGAGAGAGUAUCGUGAGUGGCCAACUUGUCGGAAUAAUGGCGUCCCUCUCCCUUGCACCUGUCAACAUUUUCAAGGCUGGAGCUGAUGAAGAGAGAGCAGAGACAGCUCGUCUGUCUUCCUUUGUUGGUGCCAUUGCUAUUGGAGACUUGGUGAAGAGCACCUUGGGACCCAAGGGCAUGGACAAAAUUCUGUUAAGCAGUGGUCGAGAUGCCUCUCUUAUGGUGACAAACGAUGGUGCGACUAUUCUGAAAAACAUUGGUGUUGACAAUCCAGCAGCUAAAGUUCUAGUUGAUAUGUCAAGGGUUCAGGAUGAUGAAGUUGGUGAUGGCACUACUUCUGUUACUGUUUUAGCAGCAGAAUUACUAAGGGAAGCAGAAUCUUUAAUUGCAAAAAAGAUUCAUCCACAGACCAUCAUUGCAGGUUGGAGAGAAGCCACAAAGGCAGCAAGACAUGCUCUGUUGAAUUCUGCAGUCGAUCAUGGUUCUGAUGAAGUUAAAUUUCGCCAAGAUUUAAUGAACAUUGCGGGAACAACAUUAUCCUCAAAACUUCUUACUCAUCACAAAGAUCACUUUACUAAGUUAGCUGUGGAAGCUGUUCUCAGAUUGAAAGGCUCUGGUAAUCUGGAGGCAAUUCAUGUCAUCAAGAAACUAGGAGGAAGCCUGGCAGAUUCCUAUUUAGAUGAAGGCUUUCUGUUGGAUAAAAAAAUUGGAGUAAAUCAACCAAAGCGAAUUGAAAAUGCUAAAAUUCUUAUUGCAAAUACUGGGAUGGAUACAGACAAAAUAAAGAUAUUUGGUUCUCGUGUAAGAGUUGAUUCUACAGCAAAGGUGGCAGAAAUAGAACAUGCAGAAAAGGAAAAAAUGAAAGAGAAAGUUGAACGUAUUCUUAAGCAUGGGAUAAAUUGCUUCAUUAACAGGCAGUUAAUUUAUAAUUAUCCUGAACAGCUCUUUGGUGCUGCUGGUGUUAUGGCCAUUGAGCAUGCAGAUUUCGCAGGUGUAGAACGCCUGGCUCUUGUCACAGGUGGUGAAAUUGCCUCUACCUUUGACCACCCAGAACUAGUGAAACUUGGAAGUUGCAAGCUAAUUGAGGAAGUCAUGAUUGGAGAGGACAAGCUUAUUCACUUUUCCGGGGUAGCCCUUGGUGAAGCUUGUACUAUUGUUCUUCGUGGUGCCACUCAACAAAUUUUAGAUGAAGCAGAAAGAUCUUUGCAUGAUGCUCUUUGUGUUCUUGCCCAAACUGUGAAAGAUUCUAGAACAGUUUAUGGAGGAGGCUGCUCUGAGAUGCUGAUGGCUCAUGCUGUGACGCAACUUGCCAGUAAAACACCAGGUAAAGAAGCUGUUGCGAUGGAGUCUUAUGCUAAAGCACUGAGAAUGUUGCCAACUAUAAUAGCUGACAAUGCAGGCUAUGACAGUGCAGAUCUGGUGGCACAGCUCCGAGCUGCCCAUAGCGAAGGCAAUACAACUGCUGGACUGGAUAUGAAGGAAGGUACUAUUGGCGAUAUGGCAACACUGGGUAUAACAGAAAGUUUCCAAGUAAAGCGACAAGUUCUUCUGAGUGCGGCUGAAGCAGCAGAGGUGAUUCUCCGUGUGGACAACAUUAUCAAAGCAGCACCAAGGAAACGUGUGCCGGACCACCACCCUUGUUAAGCAUUCCUGUAUGCUGUUAUUUAACCUGGACCAGUUCACAGUAAAGUUGUUUGGAAGACUUUUGACUUCUUAAAGAUGACUACAGAAUCGAAGUUUAUCAGUGGUUCUUAUAUCCUUCAGUUUGGACAUUUAGCUGACCUUUUACUUUAACAUGGGUCUAAUUUAUUUGCUGUUCAUUUUCCAUAAAAUUUAGUUGAUUUAAAAGUCCAUUUCUCAUACUGUGCACCAAAAUAAAAAUUUGAACAGUUACUU